GAGUCAGAGACUGAGAACAUAUCAUUUCAGUUGUAGUGCGUGCAUUUUGGAGAGAAGAUGGCGGCAACAACUCUUGAUGGCUUCUUGAAACAGUGCCAGCAGUCUGGGGACGCCGCAUACGCCGCCCUGAGGGAUCUGCUUGAGCGUCUUGACGACCCCAACACCCGAGUUCAGGCUCGGAUCUUCCUCUCCGACCUCCAGAAAAGGUUUCCUUCCAAGGAAGCCUCUGAUAAAUGCUUCGUGACCUACCAUUUUCGGAUCGAUGAUAUCAUCCUUGACCAAUACGAGGGUUACCAAGGGAGGAAGAAGCUGACGACUAUGGUGAUCCCAAGCAUUUUUCUUCCGGAGGACUGGUCUUUUACCUUCUAUGAAGGUUUAAAUAGACAUCCGGAUUCUAUUUUCAGGGAUAGGACUGUCGCUGAGCUUGGUUGUGGAAAUGGUUGGAUUUCAAUUGCCAUAGCUGAGAAAUGGUUGCCUUCCAAGGUUUAUGGGCUUGAUAUCAAUCCCAGAGCUAUUAAGAUUUCUUGGAUAAACUUGUACUUGAAUGCUUUGGAUGAAAUGGGUCAACCCGUCUACGAUGGGGAGAACAAGACUUUGCUGGACAGAGUUGAGUUUUACGAGUCUGAUCUAUUGUCCUAUUGUAGAGACAAUGGCAUACAACUCGAACGAAUUGUCGGAUGCAUUCCUCAGAUUCUUAACCCAAAUCCGGAUGCCAUGACUAAGAUGAUUACAGAAAAUGCAAGCGAAGAGUUUUUGUAUUCGUUAAGUAAUUAUUGUGCACUUCAGGGAUUUGUUGAGGAUCAGUUUGGCUUAGGUCUUAUCGCUAGAGCUGUUGAGGAAGGAAUAUCUGUCAUCAAACCCAUGGGGAUAAUGAUCUUCAAUAUGGGAGGCCGUCCAGGACAACGUGUUUGCAAACGCUUGUUUGAACGCCGUGGUUUCAAUGUUACUAAACUUUGGCAGACAAAAAUUCUUCAGGCUUCGGAUACUGAUAUUUCAGCUCUAGUUGAAAUUGAAAAAAAUAGCCCACACCGGUUUGAGUUCUUCAUGGGACUCUCUGCUGACCAGCCUAUAUGUGCUAGAACAGCAUGGGCAUAUGGAAAGGCUGGUGGCCGAAUAUCUCACGCUCUAUCAGUUUAUAGCUGUCAACUUCGCCAGCCAACUCAGGUGAAGAGAAUUUUUGAAUUUCUUAAAAGUGGUUUCCAAGAGGUCAGCAGUUCUUUAGACUUAUCCUUUCAAGAUGAUGCUGUUGCUGAUGAGAAGAUUCCCUUCCUAGCUUAUCUAGCUGGCAUUCUGAAUGAGAGUUCUUUUUGCAUAUAUGAACCACCAGCUGGAAGCAAACGUUUCCGUAACCUCAUUGCUGGUUUUAUGAAAACAUAUCAUCGAAUUCCACUCAGUGCUGAUAAUGUUGUUGUCUUUCCUUCAAGAGCCGUUGCUAUUGAGAAUGCUCUACGGUUGUUCUCACCUCGACUUGCAAUUGUUGAUGAACAUCUGACACGACACCUUCCUCGGCAAUGGUUAACUUCUUUAGCUCUUGGGGGCAAUGGGAGCACUAACCCUGUGGAGGACAAGCUUACAGUAAUUGAAGCCCCCCGGCAGUCAGAACUAAUGAUAGAGCUGAUAAGAAAGUUAAAGCCACAGGUGGUUGUAUCUGGGAUUGCUCAAUUUGAGGCUGUUACUAGUGCAGCCUUUGUGCAUCUCUUAGAUAUAACAAGGGAAAUUGGAUCUCGUCUGUUCUUAGACAUAUCUGAUCACUUUGAGCUAUCCAGUCUUCCAAGUUCCAAUGGAGUCCUAAAAUAUAUUGCAGAAACUCCUUUACCUUCACAUGCGGCAAUUAUAUGUGGCUUAUUAAAAAACCAGGUGUAUUCAGAUUUAGAAGUAGCCUUUGUGAUUUCAGAAGAUGAGGCCAUAUUUAAGGCCUUGUCCAAGACUGUGGAACUGCUAGAAGGAAAUACGGCCCUGAUUAGUCAAAGCUAUUAUGGUUGUCUUUUCCACGAGCUUUUAUCUUUUCAGCUUUCUGACAGGCAUCCCCCUGCAGAGAGGGAAUCUGGGAAGGCUAGAUCAGCAGAGAUGAUUGGGUUUUCUAGUUCGGCAAUCUCAGUCCUUGACAAUGCUGAGUUGACAGUAAGUGAAACAGAGAGCUCUUCCUUGAUUCAUAUGGAUGCUGAUCAAAGCUUCUUGCCCGUGCCAUCUCCUGUCAAGGCUUCUAUUUUUGAAAGUUUUGCAAGACAGAAUAUGGCUGAGUCCGAAACCGAUCCUACCCCAUGUAUCAAGCAAUUUAUUAAAAGCAAUUAUGGGUUUCCAGUUGAUAUUAGUACAGAAUUUAUAUAUGCCGACAACACCCCUGCACUUUUCAAUAAGUUGGUACUUUGCUGCAUCCAAGAUGGUGGGACAUUGUGCUUUCCAUCUGGUUCAAAUGGGUACUAUGUUUCUGCUGCCAUGUUUUUGAAAGCAAAUAUUUUAAAUAUACCCACUAAUCUAGAAGAAGGCUUUAAGCUUACCGAGAAAACACUUUCUGGGCUGCUUGAGACAGUGCAUAAGCCGUGGGUGUACAUUUCUGGACCUACAAUUAGCCCAACUGGUUUGCUGUACAACAACCAAGAGAUUGAGAAAUUGCUAUGUAUAUGUGCCAAGUUUGGGGCCAAAGUUGUUUUAGAUACUUCGUUUUCAGGCUUGGAAUUUGACUUUGAGGGUUGGGGUGGUUGGAAUUUGGCUGACAGUUUAUUAAAGCUCAAGUCUGGCAACCCAUCUUUUUCUGUCUCCCUGCUUGGAGGACUGUCUUUCAAAAUGCUUUCUGGGGCACUCAAAUUCGGCUUUCUAGUUUUAAAUGAGCCUGCUUUGGUUGAUGCAUUUUAUAGUUUUCCAGGACUAAGCAAACCUCACAGCACUGUGAAAUAUGCCGCGAAGAAGCUGUUGAACUUGAGAGAGCAGAAAUCAGGAGAUUUUUGGGAGUCAAUUACAAAGGAGAUAAGAAAUUUGGAGGAUAGGUCAAAGCGCUUGAAAGAGACAUUGAAGAGCUGUGGCUGGGAUGUGCUUGAACCACAGGGUGGCAUUUCCAUGGUUGCAAAGCCCUCGGUCUAUCUAAACAAGAGUGUUAAACUCGAGUUAUUCCCCAAAACAGGAAGCAUGAAUGGGAAUGUUGCAUUUUGUGGAGUUGUUGAUGACUCCAAUAUUAGAGAAGUCAUACACAAGGCCACUGGUCUAUGCAUCAACAGUGGCUCGUGGACUGGAAUUCCUGGCUACUGCAGGUUUACCAUUGCGCUGGAAGAAAGCCAAUUCCAACAGGCAUUGGAUUGCAUUACAAAGAUUAAGAGCAUUAUUAGUAACUGAAGUUAUUUGUUGAUUCAUUGUUGCCCAGGUUUGACAAACGUGAAAUUGAUUUCUUAAAUCAGCUUCAAAUUUAUAUUCUUCUUCACUUGUCUUUACACAACUUUACAAAUCGAUUCCAACACUUGUUCACGAGUCCAAUAUUUGUUUUAGGACUCUUUUUCUCAAAGCACACCAAAUUCAGUGUGAAUCUCUCAAUGCAUACGCAUAUAUAAUAAACUUUAGUUUGUGUA